GUUUAGGCGCCAUAUUUAUUCUAAAUAUGUACGCUCUAGUUCUUAAUAUUUAUUCAUUGUUCAUCAAAAAACCCAGAACCCAGAGCUACUCCGCAUUUCUUUAACUACUCCUAUCGAGGAAUAUAAACGAAGAACUUCGAACUCGAACGCAGAGACUUUUUUAGAAGCGAGGCUACUUGAUUAUUUGGAAAGGCUUGAGUCUAAUUGUUCAACAUCUAGUUGAAGUUGUAUUCUACGCGUAAACGAAUACCCUUCGCGUUCGUAGCCUCCUUGCCCUUGUGGACGCAUUUUUGUUUCUAGCACUCUGUGGAUGUGGUCCUCACUAUUUCCUUAAAUACUUCAUUUUCAAUUUUGUGUAACUGUACAUCGGCGUUAUAAUUUUUAUCUUCGUUGUGGCAAGCCAAAGCCAUCACCUUCAACCGUCUAGUCGAAGCGAUUUAUCACCUGGAGAUGCUGGCGUCUUUCACGACGCGCAAUUUUAUUUACAAUCGCGAAGAGGUGGCGGCUCCUUCUCCUGCGAACCUCGUCCUGCGUGUGCGGUCCGAGGAAGGCAAACGAAAGUGGACUUCCUGCAAGAUGAAAAACUGUGCUCGUCUGCCUGCCAUUUCGUCCGCAUGUCUUGUGGCCUUUUUUUGUCUCCUCGAACAGCCGGUCCUGGCGGUGGCGAGCAUCCACGAGAUAAAACAGGUAAAGCCCUCACGCACGAUGGAAGAAUCCGGAAGCGGAACAGAGAGCGCAGUGGAUGAGGAGCACGACAAGGAUGAGGAGGCAUCUCAAUCUCUGGACCACCAGAAGAUGAAUGCAGCUUCUCCGUCGAGUUCUUUUUUGGCUCCUGUUCUUCCGAAUGUAGUUGCCCAGGAUCACCCCGGCAAAGUCACCCUUGUGGGCUAUCAUGGAUCGCCGGUCGCGAAGAAGCUCGCAAGGGAAAAACCGAAGCUGCGCGCAUCACGCGGUUUGAGAGCCCGAUAUGGAGGGGGUCUGUAUCUCACGAACUCAUGGACGAUGGCGAACUACUUCGCGGAAGAGGAGCCGAAAUUGUUGGCGGAUUUAGAUGAUGCUGUUGCUGAUGUGUCUGAAGCAGGAGUUCUUAAGGUGACAUUCUCGGUGGAUCCAAGUAAACUUGCGUGUUGGCCCAGGAAGAAACUUUCGGACGACAAGGUCGCAAUCAUUCCGUAUGACGAGGCGCAGCAGUACGUCAUUGACGUGGACACUAUCGAUCACUACGAGCUACUUGAGCGCGGUGAAGAUGAAGAGAGUGAGAGCUUGGAUCAAGUAGAAGACACGAUGAACCUCACAGCAAGAAAUCUGCAGCAGCUUCGCGGUAAGAUAGGGCAAGAUGGUACAACAUUUGCCGAGGAAGAUGGACGGAUUGUAUGUGUGAAGAAGACAAACAAGAGGAAGAGGGGGAUAAAUGCAUCAUCUUCAUCGCGAUCGCUUUGGCAACACUUUAUAGACAAGAGACUUGUAAGGACAAAUAAUGAUGACUAUGACGCCGAAUAG